GUUAGUACGUUUUUUCUAAUUUUUAAUGCCUGGUGAGGCAAAUAACACGCCUCAAUCCGGACGGAGACCCCGACUCGGAUUGAGUAGGCGUGGUUGCCAGUCAACGCCCUUAAUAAGACUUCAGAGAGACGAUUCCGCUGCAAAUACACCAAAAUGUAGUGAACAGGAGACUCCGCGGGCACCGCCUUUAUCGCUGAGCUCUCGCAGGAUAGGAUUGUCCAAAAGCAGGACAGGCUUGUCCAAGAAGAAGCUAGAGUUUGCUGCGGCCCACGGAAUUAAGGACGAGGAACGGGAAAUAGUGAAGAAAACAGCAAAAAAGGAUAAAAAGGAAAGGAAUGAUGCUCAAGAGGCUCUUGAUGCGCCAGAGGAGAUACAGGAGCACGGCAACCAGAAGAACCAGCUUGAAAACAGUCCACAGAGCAGUAAAAUCGUUGAGCUACAGGGCGAUAUAGAAAUCUGGCGGCAGGGAUUCAAAGCUUCUGUGGGUGACCUACUAACUAUGGCGGAGCCAGGACUCUCAAGAAGCGAUCUCCUUACUCGGCUGGGCAUUCCCCACGAGAUGCUACGCUAUCUGGAGGAGGAGUGUCCAUAGUUAAACAUAGCUUUAAGAUUUAACAUUAAGAAACUCUAUAUUCCCAUUGCAACAAAGAGGAAACUAAAAGUU